CAUGUGUUUUGGUCCAGUUGGAUAAAAAAUUUCAUCAGCUCAGCUAUAACUUUUACUUUUUUACGUUGCUUUUACGUCUACAGAAUCUGACUGGAAUUAAGACUUUUGUGAAAUAAAAGAUAUAUAAACGCGAGAUGGCUACUUGGGAGGAAAAAAAACAUUUAAUCACUCGAAACCUUCAAGAGGUUUUGGGUGAUGAGAAACUCACGGAAAUUUUAAAACAACGCGACCUAAAAAUUUAUUGGGGAACUGCAACAACCGGAAGGCCCCACGUCGCUUAUUUUGUUCCAAUGUCAAAAAUAGCUGACUUUCUCAAAGCUGGUUGUGAAGUCACUAUAUUAUUUGCUGAUUUACAUGCCUAUCUAGACAAUAUGAAAGCACCUUGGGAGCUUCUCAAUCUGCGUACGCAGUAUUAUGAAGCAGCUAUUAAAGCGAUGUUAACGUCUAUAGGUGUGCCAUUGGAAAAACUUAAAUUUGUAAAAGGUACUGAAUACCAGUUAAAUAAAGAGUACACUUUGGAUGUGUACCGUAUGUCCUCUGUUAUAACUGAGCAUGAUGCUAAGAAGGCAGGAGCUGAGGUAGUCAAGCAAGUUGAUCAUCCACUUUUAAGUGGUCUCCUGUACCCAGGUCUUCAAGCUUUGGAUGAAGAGUAUUUAAAGGUAGAUGCACAAUUUGGUGGAGUAGAUCAAAGAAAAAUCUUCACAAUGUCAGAAAAAUACUUGCCUCAACUUGGAUAUGCUAAACGCAUACAUUUAAUGAAUCCAAUGGUCCCCGGUUUAACAGGGGGUAAGAUGUCCGCCUCUGAAGAGGACAGCAAGAUUGAUUUAUUAGACAAUCCUGGUAAUGUAAAGAAAAAGCUAAAGAAAGCUUUCUGUGAACCUGGUAACAUCACAGACAAUGGAGUCCUUUCAUUCACUAAACAUGUCCUAUUUCCGUUAAUGAAAGAAGGUGAAACAUUUGAUAUUUGCAGGGCACCUGAACAUGGUGGCAAUAUACAAUACUCUAAAUUUGAAGAUUUAGAAAGUGAUUUCGCCAAGCAAGACAUUCAUCCAGGUGACUUAAAAGCAUCAGUAGAGCAAGCUAUAAACAAGUUGUUAGCUCCAAUCCAAGAAACAUUCAAGGAGCCUAAAUUACAGGAAUUAGCUAAAAAAGCAUAUCCACCACCUGUUAAAGUAAAGGGAAAUGUUGCGGCCGCUACAGAAGAAGCAGUUCCGAGUAGGUUAGACAUCCGAGUUGGUCGUAUUGUAGAAGUUUCUAGACAUCCUGAUGCUGAUGCUUUAUAUGUUGAAAAAAUUGAUCUCGGUGAACAGGAGCCCAGAACGAUUGUUUCUGGUUUGGUUAAUUUUGUGCCUAUUGAAGAGAUGCAGAAUAGAGAUGUGGUUGUUUUAUGUAACUUGAAACCUGCUAAAAUGCGAGGAGUAGAAUCAAAGGGUAUGGUUCUGUGUGCAUCUGUUGAUGAGCCCAAGCAAGUUGAACCUUUACUGCCCCCACAAGAUAGCAAGCCCGGGGACAGAAUAGUUGUAGAAGGCUAUGAGAAUGGAGAGCCAGAUGAGGUACUAAACCCUAAGAAGAAAGUUUGGGAAAAAUUACAACCUGAUCUGAAAACAAACGAUGAACUAUUUGCUGUAUGGCAAGGAAAUAAACUCAUAAGCAAAGUAAAUGGAAACCCCGUUGUUACCAAGUCUAUGAAGAAUGCACCUAUUAAAUAAAAUGCUUUAAUACAUAAGAUUAUUAUGACUAUUUUGCAUUUUUAUGUAUUUAUUUUGUAUGUAGUAUAUUUAUUUUUUAUUUA